AGUUUAAUUGUGACAGUGUUGCAGUAAAGAAGCAUAAUUUAGAAAUGCAUUAUUUUCGAAUAUCGGUGGUGGUGGUUUUGCUAGCAAAUAUUUUAUUUGUGUCAAUAACUGCUAAAAGUUAUGAGGGUUACAAAUUGUAUCAGUUAACACCAAAAGGAGAAGAGGAUAUAAACAUUUUACAAAACUUAUCUAAACAAGUAGAACGUUUUGAUUUUCUAAACUCUGAAACUGUUAUUGUGGAACCCAACAGCUUGAAGGAGUUUGAAAAUGCGUUAGAAAAAUAUCAACUAGAAUAUAAACUUUUAGACGAAGAUGUGGGCAAAACAUUAACACGUAAUUUCGAAGUGAAUCGUUUAAUGAAAACCUUAAAACCGUACAAAGGUCAAGAACGCUUAAGCACCGAACGUUAUUACAGCCAUGGCGAAAUCAAUGCUUACCUUGAGUACUUAGCCCAAACGUAUCCACAACGUGUUAUACUCAAGACCAUGGGCUAUUCCUUUGAAGGUCGUGCUUUGAAAGCCAUAACCAUAACCAAUGGUCAAGGAAGCUAUGAUAAAAAUGUUAUUUUAGUCGAUGGCGGUUUUCAUGCUCGUGAAUGGAUCUCACCAGCCUCGGCAAUUUAUGCUAUUGAACAAUUGGUGGAGAAUUUCGAAGCAAAUAAAGAACUUUUGGCGGAUUAUAAUUGGGUCAUAUUGCCCGUGGUAAAUGCUGAUGGUUAUGAGUAUACACAAGUGUCGGCCGACACUCGUAUGUGGCGUAAAACUCGUAAGCCUCUGUUCCAUGAGGGUGGCAUUUGUUAUGGUACCGAUCCUAAUCGUAAUUUUGAUUUUCAUUGGAAUGAGGAGGGUGCCUCUUCGGAUCCCUGUUCAAAUACAUUUGCCGGACCCAAAGCCUUCUCCGAGCCUGAGGCCAUGGUUGUGAGAGAUUUAAUACAUACGAAUAGUGUAAAAGGUCAAAUGUAUUUGACUUUGCAUUCGCAGGGUAAAUUGCUGCUAUAUCCUUGGGGUUGGACUGAUGCUUUACCCGAUACCUGGGAAGAUUUACACGAAGUAGCUGCCGCCGGAGCCGAUGCCAUAUAUCAGGCAACCGGUACCAAUUAUACCGUGGGUUCUUCGACAACUGUUCUAUAUGUGGCAGCUGGUGCCAGUGAUGAUUAUGCUUUCAAUGCCGGAUUUCCCAUAGCAUUUACCAUGGAACUGCCGGGUGCUGGUUCAACCGGUUUCGAUCCACCUGUUGAAAUGAUUGAUGAAUUGGUUAAGGAAACAUGGGUGGGCAUUAAAGCUAUGGGUCUUAAAGUCAUUGAAAAAUAUCCAGUUGUUUAAAUGUCAUACACACUAAUUAAAACGAUUAUGUACUUGUGCUUGAUUUACUUGUUGACUAAUGAAAAUAAAAGUAUUUUAACAAAUGGUA